CCCUACGGUCAUGGCCGCUGCGACCGCUGCAGCCGGUGCCGGGGAGCCCAUGUCCCCAGACGAGUUGCUCCCGAAAGGGGACGCGGAGAAGACCGAGGAAGAGCUGGAAGAGGAUGACGAUGACGAGCUAGACGAGACCUUGUCAGAGAGACUGUGGGGUCUGACGGAGAUGUUCCCCGAGAGGGUCCGGUCCGCGGCCGGAGCCACUUUCGAUCUCUCCCUCUUUGUGGCUCAAAAAAUGUACAGGUUUUCCAGGGCAGCCUUGUGGAUCGGGACCACUUCCUUUAUGAUCCUGGUUCUUCCUGUUGUUUUUGAGACUGAGAAGUUGCAAAUGGAGCAGCAGCAGCAGCUGCAGCAGCGGCAGAUACUUCUAGGGCCUAACACGGGCAUCUCAGGAGGAAUGCCAGGGGCUCUACCUUCGCUUCCUGGAAAAAUCUAGAUUUAUUGAUAACAUAUGACCCGUCUUGGUGAGAGAAGUUCAGACUCAGUUGUUUGAACUGCUGAUG